UCGGGUUAUCUGCGCAGGUUGUGAAGGGCGCAAUAGUGGCAGUCGUCUUCUUUGAUUGUAUAAUUUUAGCAGGUAACGUUCUCUGCAUAAACUGGAUUGAAGAUUUAAAGGAAACAGGGUGAGCGAUGGGAGAACCUUUGAAGGGAACGGUGACACCACUUUCUUCAGUAUUUGCACCGGAGGAAGCCCAGAAAGCGUCAGUACGUGUCCAAGAAACAAUAUCCGAACGUCGGAAACAGGUGGAUCAGUUGCAGGCCUUCCUCAAUGAUAACAACGGCCUUGUCAAUCUCGUUAAGAAGCUCCCUGAUCAAUUGCAUCACGAUAUAAUGGUUCCUUUCGGGAAGGCAGCUUUUUUUCCUGGCAGAUUGAUACAUACCAAUGAAUUCCUGGUUCUAUUAGGAGAAGGUUACUAUGCUGAGAGAACAUCUAAACAAACCAUCGAGAUUCUGAAAAGAAGAGGAAAGGAUCUGGAGUCACAGAUUGAAACCCUUAAUGCCGUAAUCAAGGAUCUCAAGUUUGAAGCCUCCUUUUUUGACGACACAGCUAUUGAGGCCGCAGAAGGUAUUGUAGAAAUAAGAGAAGACUAUGUUGAUGAAGCUUUCAAUGAAGAUGAGCCCACAAAAGGUGAAGAUGAUUUUGCUCGUAUCUUAUCGCGGAUUGACGAACUUGAAAAAGAAGAACUUGAAUCUGAAAUUGCCGAGGAACAUGAAGAGGAAGACAAAGCUGAUUUGAGUCACCUUAUAAGUCUGACUUCUCUUGAACCUGAGGGUAGAAGCCCAGAGGAACAGGCGAAGAAUGAACACUUGAUGAGCAAAAUAUCUCUGCAAAAUCACCCUCAAGAAGACGUACCCAAGCCGGUUAAGCCCAAAGACUUACCGGCUCGUCCUGUAUCCAAAGAUUCAGAUUUAUCUUCACAUGUAAAAGUUCCCACAUCCAGUGGAUCAAGGCUUCCUCCGAGUCUUGUAGAGCAUAACAAAUUGAAGGAGAGAGUGUCCCACACACCCGUGCCAAAGAAUGAGAAGGUUUCUACCUCGGCAUCAAAUUCGGGCAAUCACAGUAGCAGGGCAAGUGUUGUUGCACCUGUGUCAAAGGAGGUUUCCGACUUUGAUUCGAGCAUAGGCAGUGAUAGGAGCAAGGCGUUUACGGGAUCCAUUGUCGAGCACACCCAUAAUAUUGAGAACAACAAUCAAAAGGGUCAAAUGCAGGCCCCUGCAUCGAAACCAGUAUCUAGAUUCAAGAUGCAAAGAAAGUAGCCACAGGAUUAGGGUGUAAACGAGCUGAGUUGAGUGGUAUGUUAUUUGAGCUCGGCUCGAAAAAGUUAUACCAGGCUCGAGCUCGACACAAGCUGGAAUAACUUUUUCAAUGUAGGGCUCGAGCUCAAAUAUUUUUUGAGUUAUCGAGCUAGAUGCUCGUAUAAGGGCUCGUACUUGCGAUCGAUUAACUCGUUAUUGGCUCGAGGUUGAUAAUUUAUAUAAAUAUAUAUUGUAUUUUUUAUGAACAUAUGUGCAUGUUUGGCUCGAAAAAGUAUAUGCUUGAACGACUCGAAUCAAAAAGUUUAAUCGAGCUUUUGAACGAGCCAAGUCGAGCAUUGGUUUUAUGAAGCUCGACUCAUUAAGUUAAACGAGUUCUAUUUUUGUGUUCGAGAUAGACUCGAGCUCGAGUAGCUUGUUAAAAACUCGACUCAUUUACACCCCUAGACAAGGUGGUUUAAGGUACCGAAAACUCAUGAAUACACUUGUGUCUAUCUUUAAUGUGACCUUUGUUUCACACGUUUUUCACAUGCCGGGUUUUUUACUAAAAUGGUCGUUCUACUCUUUGGGGUAGUGCAUAUAUCUAUAUACAUCUCGCCUCUCAGACCCCACCUUCGAGUGAGAUUUACGAGUUCGUUUGGUUUUUGGUUUUGAGUGAUCUUAAGUGAUAGCCAAAUCGGUAUGGGCCGAGUCGGACCGGUAAGGACCGGUUAUGGGACCGAAAACCAGGACUAGAUGGGGUUUUUGGUAGUUUCUUGG